AUUAGUCGCCAAUUUUCUGGCGGGCCCAAGUUCGAGUGACCUUUUUCCUGGGUGGAAAGGAAGUUCCAGAAGCCAGAGAAAAUGGAAACUUUCAUGAUUUCAUCAUCAUCAUCAUCAUCGGUUCUUCAUUCUUCAGCCCGAGAGACUCCAUUGAUUUUCCCUCUUUUGAGCAAAGGCAAACCAAGGUUUGCACCUAUCACUGUCAGGGUCUCAAGUCAAUCUUCCAAAUCCAACAUGAUGCAUUCUGAAUUGACUGAGAGUGAAGCUGGGAAAUCCCUUUCAAGCAAAGAGAGUUCUUCCAAUAGAAAAAUGGAGGAAUAUAACAUAGCCAUGAAGAGGAUGAUGAGGAAUCCCUAUGAGUAUCACCAUGAUCUAGGUAUGAACUAUACAUUGAUAACUGAAAAUCUCAUCGUUGGUUCUCAACCUCAGAAAGUUGAAGACAUAGACCACUUGAGGGAGGAACAGAAUGUGGCAUAUAUACUAAACUUGCAGCAGGACAGGGAUAUCGAGUACUGGGGAGUAGAUCUCCCCUCCAUAGUACAAAGAUGUGAAGAACUUGGAAUUCGUCACAUGAGAUGCCCAGCCAAAGAUUUUGAUCCAGAUUCCUUAAGGAACAUCUUGCCUAAGGCUGUUUCGUUAUUGGAAUGUGCCAUUUCUGAAGAGACAGGAAGAGUUUAUGUGCAUUGCACAGCUGGAUUGGGGCGGGCUCCUGCUGUUGCAAUUGCAUACAUGUUCUGGUUUUGUGACAUGGAUCUAAAUAGAGCAUACCAGACUCUCACUUCAAAGAGGCCCUGUGGGCCUAACAAAAGAGCGGUACGUGGGGCCACAUAUGAUUUGGCUAAAAAUGACUCUUGGAAAGAACCCUUUGAGAAUCUUCCUGACCACGCCUUUGAGGGUGUAGCUGACUGGGAAAGGACAUUGAUUCAAGAUCGUGUUCGUGCUCUCCGAUAUUCUUGAGGAAAAUAUAUAUUUCAAGAAUUUAUCGAAACGAAACAACAAUUCGGGUGAUGGGUGAACGACGGGAAUUGAAGCCGCGCAUAAUGGUCUUGGAUUGAGAACAGGAAUUUAACUCAAUGAAAUUGAUCCUUUUUUUAUCUUUGUUAGCUCCAAUUUCAUAUAUUCAUUCAUGUUAGCCGACCAUAAACUCUUUUGGAACGAAAGGCUUUGAUGUUAUUGUUGUAUGCAUUUGUUGAAUUUUUUUAGGAUCACGGAUUACCCUUCUACUAUCGCCCCUACAACGCUAUAUCUUUAUGUACACAAAUUUUCAAUUUCUUAUUCAUCAUUUCUAAAAAAGAUGACACCUCAUCUAUGAGGGCAUCCGAAGAUCGAC